AUGACACUUGAUAAUCCACGUUUUCUUUUACCAUGGACAAUAAAUCAAAUGUAUAAAACAAAUAAAAAUAUUGAUAAAAAUAUUUCUGGUAUCACAGUACAUUGGUAUGGUGAUAUAAUUUCAAGUGUCAAUACUUUUGAUGCAAUUCAUGAAAAAUAUCCAAAUAAAUUUCUACUUAUGACUGAAGCCUAUUCUGGCUCUUUUCCUGAACCUACAGGACAUGAAUCAUCAACCAAUGUACUAUAUGCUCUUGCUCACGUCCGUGAAUUUGUACUAGCUGGUUCUGUUAGAAUAAAAAUUGAUGGCUUUAAUUUAUGGGUUCAAUCAACAGCAUUUAAAGCACCUGACGAUAAUAUUGUCAUUUUACUCCACAAUCCCAAUAUGUCUACGAAAUAUUUUUCUGGAAGGCUAACAAUAUUUGCAUUGUUGAUGAUUGUUACAAUAAUUCAAGGUGUACAAUUUGAUUCUAAUCUUUCUUGCCAGAAAUUUAGUACAAAUGGAGUUUGUUGUCCAGGAAGAGAUGAAGAUUGUGUUGUUUAUGCUUCGAAACAAAUGCCUUCUUCAGGUGGUAGAUGUUACUGUGAUGAACAUUGUGUAGAUGAAAUUUAUCCAAAUCAAACUGAUUGUUGCUCUGACUACGAACAAUAUUGUAAAACACCUGUAAAUCUUAAAAUUUCAACAACUAAAUUGCCAGUUCAAAUUAGUAGCCAAAAUUAUUCUUAUGAGCCAAAAGAAUUAAAUGAAUUAAUUAAAAGUGGCUUAAGACAUAACUCACCAUUUUUAUCAUUUAUGAAGCGUAAGCUCCAUGAAAGUUCUACAAAUUUACCAGAAGAAUAUAAAAUUCUAGAAAAAUAUUUACCAGAAAUAUCUGGAAAAUGGGCUGAUGAAUCAUGGGCAGUUACAGCAUCUGAAGUUUUAUCAAAUCAUUUUUCAAUGAAAUACAAUUUAGAUAAACCAAUUGCCAUGAGUACUCAACAAAUUAUUUCUUGCUCCAAAACAAAACAACCAGAUCAAUUUCAAAAACAGCCACAAGAUGCUUGGACCUUUAUCCUAAAAAACAAUAUUGUCAAUGAAAGUUGUUAUCCAUUGACUGGUGACAACAACAAAUGCCAAAUUAAUUUCAAAACAAAUAAUCUUACUCAAUGCCAAAAUUCAAACGUCUAUGAACCAACAGAAUUGUACAAAGCUAGAGAAAUAUAUCGUGUUAUAAAUGCAAGUGAUGUAAUGAACAAUGAAGCUAAUAUUAUGACUGAAAUUUUUAAAUAUGGAUCAGUUCAAGCAACAAUGAAAGUUUAUGAAGAUUUUAUAAAUUAUAAAACUGGAAUUUAUAAACAAUCACCAGAUGCUUUAUUUAUGGGAUAUUCGUCAGUCAUCAUCAUCGGCUGGGGAGAAGAAUUAAACGAAAAAUUCUGGAUUGCUGCUAAUUCUUGGGGCACCAGCUGGGGAGACAAUGGAUAUUUUAAAAUUGCAAAAGGGAUUAAUUCAUGUGCUAUUGAAUAUUACGUUGUUGGUGUUAAAGUUUAA